AUCAAUAAUAUGCUAAACAAGUUAAAAGAAAAUUUUCUAGUAAAUCUUGUUUGUUUAACAAUAACUGAUCGUUUACUUUAUUGGAUGGCCACUGUAGUGGCCAGCUGAUAUUGGCGCCAACAGCUGAUUUCAACCGGCUUUUAUUUACACUUUCAAUUCGCUCGCAAGUCGUCGGCAGCUCGGCUGUUUGAUCAAUAAUCCCCCGGAAUACUUCCAAUUCCGGAGGUGUUGAGACACCUUUCGUGUUUGCGGGACCAUUAUAUCACGCAAUCCCAUCGAGAACAUGCCAUCGCAUCGCGAUGACAAACUUUUUGGAUCAGUUGCCUAAGCAUAUCAGGGAAAUCGCGGAGCAGGUUAAUGUUCUGGCGCCGGAGGAGGUGCUGACCACCCCGAAGGUGCGAUUCCUGGACACCCGUCAGCAAUCGCUGCACACAAUCGUGCGGAAAUGCACUCCGGAUGAUGUAAGGGUGCUCAAGGAUGCGGCGGCCAAGUGGCUGGCAGAGAUGCCCCAGUCAGCUGAUUCCCUCUUCAAGCCGCUUGUGAAUGUCAGAUGGUCCCGGGUGUCGUUCGGAUGUUCCGCUUUGGAUCGCUGCACGGGCGGCGGAGUGGUCGCUCGUGGAAUUACGGAACUCUGUGGAGCAGCCGGCGUGGGCAAGACCCAGUUGCUCCUUCAGCUGUGCUUAUGCGUCCAGCUACCCCGUGAGCUGGGAGGCUUGGACAAGGGCGUGGCCUACAUAUGCACGGAGAGUGCCUUUCCGGCGCGGAGAUUGUUGCAGAUGAGCAAAGCCUGUGAGAGGAGGCAUCCGCAAAUGCAGCUCAACUUUCUGGGAAACAUCUUUGUGGAAAAUCAUGUUGAGGCGGAAACCCUCCUGGCGUGCGUUAUAAACCGCAUCCCGCGACUGAUGCAGCAACAUGGCAUUGGCCUGAUUAUUAUUGAUUCUGUGGCCGCCAUAUUUCGGCUGUAUACCGAUUACUUGGAACGAGCACGACACAUGCGUCGGCUGGCAGACGCUCUUCUUAGCUACGCGGAUAAGUACAACUGCGCCGUGGUCUGUGUGAAUCAGGUGACUUCCAGGGACGGUCAGGAUGAGAUUCCCUGCUUGGGACUACAGUGGGCACACCUGGGACGCACUAGACUGCGUGUUUCCCGGGUGCCCAAGCAACACCGCAUGGGAGAUCAACUGAUAACGGUGCGCAAGCUGGAGAUCCUUUACUCGCCAGAGACCCCCAAUGAUUUCGCCGAGUUCCUUAUCACCGCAGAGGGCGUGGUGAAUGUUCCAGAGCCAACUGUCAGCUGCCCACCCGCAAAAAUGCGUCGACUGUGAUUGAUCAAUUUUAUUCUGUUUAUUUUGUUAUCGUUUAAUUUGUUGAAUUUAAAAUGUGUAACGGCGGUGCGUUCAAUCCUGUUAAAUUCAGCGGAAUAGUUUAGGGUUUAAUAAUUUAAAAUAAACUAAACUGCCAUUCAGGUUUCGUUAACAUUAAAAUAUAUAAAAACGAAUUUAGGAAACAUGCUUCGCUUAUUUUUUGAUGACCUGAAUAACGAUAACGCAAUCUUGUUUCAAUUUGUUCUUAAAUAAAUCGUAGAUAAAUUGUGAAGUUCCGAUAAAUUUAACCAGAGCUUAAACCAUUUUCCGGGCUUUAUCUUUUUAUCUGUUGCCUUAAUUCCUUUUUUGUACAAACACUCAAUAAAUAUGUUUCAUUCAAUUGCAA